AUGGGAGACAAGGCCCGCGGCGUUCCGUCUCCAGUGGUCACGACGCAGCUCGACGCGCCGCCACUCCACAAUCGACACGCGUGGAGCUUUGUCCAGAUGAACAUGAGCCUUCUCCCGAUAGCGAGGCCAUUGCCGGUUUACACAAGUCCGUCGUCCCAACGCCACAACACGCCAUCGCGCAGCAAGCCUCGAACUCCAAGCAAUCAUACUGCCGACAAACCCGCGAGCAUUAGUCCUCGACGCCAAGGGGAGCUCAUGCCACAGGAGCCAUCACCACCGAUGCGAACGCUGAGGGAACGCGUCCUCCGUCGGCAAGACGAAUUGCCAGUUCCGACUCGGCGUGGCAACAACCGUCCAUGUGGUUGCAUUGAUGCCAGUUCUGCCGCUCCGAACGGCAGCGACCAGAACCAGCAGCGCCACAGCGACGCUGCCAUGCACCCCACCGCAACCAUGUUGAAGGCGUUGUCACCAGGCAUCGCGUCAACGGACGACGACAAGGCACUCGUCCGCGUGAAGCGAAUUCUCGAGAUUCUAGACGAAGAUCGGUGCAAAGAAGACACUAUGCACAUCUCUCCUCGCAGCGCCAAGCGGGGUCGACGGUGCAAUGAAUUCCUUUAACUUACGAUUCCUACGACUGA